AUGGAUUCGCCUGGAUCGGAGCUACAAGUACACAAGGCUGCUUUCUUCUUCCGUUUGGAGCGUGAGCUGGAGAAAAUUAAUGCUUUCUAUCUGCAGAAAGAGUCGGAACUCCGGUCACGUCUUACUACUCUGAUCACGAAGAAGCGCCAUCUCGUAGCCCUAGCGAGUCGUCAUGUCGGCGGGCCAGCUAGGGCGAUGCGCCUGAAUCGCGACACACCAUCCCUUGUCGCCCUUCUCGAAGGAUUCCGAUAUUUUGAAAAAGACCUGUCGAAGCUCCAGGUACGACGCACAUGA